AUGGACGCAAGUCUCUACGCCCAACAAAUGAUCGUCAACGGCGACCGCUUCCGCCCCCCCUCCCUCCGCAUCCGCGACAAGACCAACCACGGCCUGAUCCGUCCCAAAUCAGGCAUCAUGAGCUUGAACCCCGAGCCAGCAGAUCCGCAGACCAGGGAGGACGAGGGUCUGGAGGCGAAGAGUUAUGCCGAUGCUGCCGUCGAACCCAACACUCCAACCUCGAUCAAGAAAUUCGGCAACGAGAUCGACGAAGACAGCAUCAAAGAAUCCCCACCCCGCUCCUCCUCCCGCCAAAGCUCCCUCCUAGGCCUCAAUGGCCCCCCGGGACACGUGCGACAGACGUCCGAGCCGAGGCCGUUGGGCGAGAUGAUGGAUGAGGUGGAGCGGGCGGGGAGUGCGAGUCCAGGGUUGCGGCACGUGAAGGGCAGGUUGGAGGAGAGGGGGGAGAGUCCGACGGGGAGUGGGAAUGGGAAUGAAUACAGGAGGGUCAGUCAUGCGAGCUCGGGUUCUCAUUUGGAGGCUGUUAGAGAACAUGCGCUUGCGGCUGGUGAGGAGGGGAAUGCGGUUGUGGGUGGGGAUGGGAAUGGAGUGCCGGAAGGGGCGGUGAGAGAGGUUCCUGCUUAUGGGCAUGGGGCUACGGGGGAGGAGUCCGGGUUGGGGGUGAAGACGAACGGGAGUCCCUAUAGUAGUCCGCACAGCAUCGGCAACGGCAUCACCAACAGUACCACAGCAGCAGCAGCAGCAGCAGCAGCGUCCGGCUUCGUAGCCAAACACGCCCUAGCCAACACGCCCACCCACACCCGCACCCCAGAAUCGGGAACCUACGAAGCAGUGGGUGAAGAUGAAAGUCCGAGGAGUCCGGUCCGCAAGGCACAUAAGCGGGUUUCGUCGCGUUCGCUGAAUGGGAUGGCGGCGAAACAGCAGAAGCAGGAGCAUGAGCGUGAACCGUCUCGUUUGCAGGAGGAGCCACAUACACCUGUUCGGGGCGCGCGAGGGGACUGGAAUGCUUCUCUGGAGCCGGUGUUUUCCACGCCGGAUACGGGGAGUGGUGGGGGUGAGGGGAGGGCUGGGGGGUUGAAUAAUGAUGAUGCCGGUGGCGAGAAUGGUGGUUCAUCGCGAAAUGGACUUGAGACCGGCGAAAGUGGUGCUACAUCCCUGAGUCCCAAUGCUACGGGCGAGAAGGAUGUUUCAGCCCAGGAUGGAACAAGCCACCAGCCCGUCUCCUCCUCCAACACCGAUGCCAAUACCAACACAACCACAACCCUGUCCGCAGAUGAAGCCAACGGCAAUCCAGGCGAUCUGAUCUACGAAAACCUCCGCUCCGCCGGCGGCACGAACCUCGCCUCCAUCAAACCCGAAGCAGAGAACUACGACCUCAGCCUCUCGCAAAGGGAGAACAAAUCCACGACUUCCGAACCACCAACCACGAACCCCGACUCCAACUCGACAACCACAACCGCCCUCACCAAACCCAACGCACCCAACCCCCUCCAAUGCCACUCCGACCGCAACACAAACUUCACCUCCGGCCGCCACGCCGGCGCCGGCUGGUCCACCUCCGCCAUCCGCUGGGCCCCGCUCAACGUGCCCCUACAACGAAGAUUACAAACCAUGAUGAUACUCCUCCACACCCUCAGCAUAGCUGGCGGCCUCGCCUUAUUCUUCCUCGCCUGCACCAUCCCGCUCCUCUGGCCCCUGCUAGUCCCGUACCUCCUGUACUGCUUACUAAGUAGAGCCAGCACCGACGGCGCACUCUCCCAACGCUCCGAAUGGUUUCGAAGAUCCAAAAUCUGGUCGCUUUUCGCCGGGUACUUCCCCGCGCGCCUACAUAGGAGUCAAGUGCUUGAACCCGGCCGGAAAUACAUUUUCGGCUAUCAUCCCCACGGCAUCAUUUCCCACGGCGCCUUCGCCGCUUUCGCCACCGAGGCCCUGGGGUUCGGCCAAUUGUUCCCGGGCAUCACGAACACCCUCCUGACCCUCGACUCCAACUUCCGCAUCCCCGUCUACCGCGACUACGCACUCCGCAUGGGCCUCGCCUCCGUCUCGCGCGAAAGCUGCGAAAAUAUCCUAUCCCGCGGCGGCCCCAACAACGAAGGAAUGGGCCGCGCCAUCACCAUCGUCGUGGGCGGUGCGAGGGAGUCACUGGAUGCGAAGCCCGGGACUUUGCGGUUGGUGUUGAAGCGGAGGAAGGGGUUUGUGAAGUUGGCGGUGCGCACGGGGGCGGAUUUGGUGCCGGUUUUGGCUUUUGGGGAGAAUGAUCUUUAUGAUCAGGUUGAGGCGGGGGAGCAUCCAUGGGUGCAUAGGGGGCAGAUGGGGGUAAAGAAAUUGUUGGGGUUUACGGUGCCGUUGUUUCAUGCUAGGGGCGUCUUCAACUACGAUAUAGGACUCAUGCCUUACCGUCGUCCUAUCAAUAUCGUCGUGGGGAAGCCUAUUAGGAUUCAGCAGAGCAAGACGCCGGAUCCGAGGGAGGUGGAUCGUAUUCAUGAGGAGUAUGUAAGGGAGUUGGAGCGGUUGUGGGAGGAUUGGAAGGAUACGUUUGCGAGGCGGCGGAAGGGGGAGUUGAGGAUUGUGGAGUGA